AUGGCUUACCACCCUUUCCAAGUUGACGGAGCGGACGCCUUUUCUCUGCCAGCGUUCACCCCCCGCGCACAGUCCUCACUUAUCCCCUCCAUAGCCGCGGACGCACGGCUGCGCGCAGCUAUGGAGCUCCGGAGUCGGCCAGUACACCCGCGGACCACGAAGCGCCAGGAACGGCCCGAACAAUGGCUGGACGACGAUCCGAAAGUCACGCUGGAAUCUAAGGAUUUGUGGAGUGCAUUUCACAAGAUGGGGACUGAGAUGGUUAUCACGAAGUCUGGGAGGAGGAUGUUUCCACCCUUCAAGGUGUGUGUGGAUGGGCUGAACGAAAGCGCAAAAUACAUCCUGCUGAUGGAUAUUGUUGCUGUUGACAACUGCCGCUACAAGUUUCACAACUCCCACUGGGCAGUUGUUGGAAAGGCCGACCCGGAGAUGCCAAAGCGGAUGUACAUCCACCCAGACAGUCCGUCCAAAGGGGAGCAGUGGAUGAGCAAGCCUGUUGCUUUUCAUAAGCUCAAACUCACCAACAACAUGUCGGAUAGGCAUGGAUUUACAAUCCUAAAUUCCAUGCAUAAGUAUCAACCGAGGUUUCAUAUUGUAAGAGCCAAUGACAUUAUGAAGCUCCCAUACAGCACCUUCAGAACUUAUGUUUUCCCAGAGACUGAGUUUAUUGCUGUCACUGCCUAUCAGAAUGAAAAGAUAACUCAACUGAAAAUUGACAACAAUCCCUUUGCCAAAGGGUUCAGAAAUACUGGAAAUGGAAGACGGGAGAAAAGGGGCAAACAGCUUAGUAAAUCAGACCAGGACGGUGAUGAUUCUGAUGACUCAUCUGGACAACCCAGUGCUAGCGAGCCGUUUUAUUCUCCUCUGGAACUGGUCAGCAGCCCUCUGAUGUCCACGCCAACCUGCCAAGGGAGUCACUCUGUCAUCUGUCGAUGGAAUGCCAUCAUAUCCAUACCAUUGUGUGGUACCAGUAGGAGCGAGUGUUUCAGCUCUCCCAACCAGCUCUGCCACCCCGUCACUUUCUGGAAUCCAUCAUCACCGAAACCGUCAGCCGUGGUUGAGAUUAAGUCCAUAUCAGAUCCCACCAUCUUUCAGUUCUUGCCAAAAUUUCCUAACGACCACCUUGCCUGGAAGGUCACCUUCGCAGCCUGA